UUGAAGGACCUCAAAGCCUCGGCCCAAUCACUCUUCCUCGGGAUCGUUUGCUAUUCAACACUCCAGUAUUGCGGCUACUGGCGGUCUAGUAACGUUAGCCGUGAUCGCGUCGUGAGCUCAGAAGGCAGCUGUCAAAGCGCGGAUUAUUUUUGGAUUAAGUGUAAACAGGAGAGCAGCGCGCGUCCCGGUGUCUCAUCCACUCAUCACCCGAGCGGCGUGAAGCGGGCUUUUCUGAAAUGGAGGCCAGGAGGGGAGAGAGCCCCGGCGGCAGGCCCCAGGAUACUCGACCAUAAGGGUUAAAGCUAGCACUGUUAGCCGAGACUGCCUGCACUCGGUCGGAUAAAUUUCCACAGUUUUUAUACUCGCCUCGCCGCGGAUCUCUUUUACUUCGCUUUGCGUCACUUUGUUAUUUAGUGGAAACACACUUUUUGUUCGGGGGAUUAACCAUUUUGUUUUUGGAAAACUUUGUCAAAGUUGUUUAUUUUCCGUUACUGCAUAGUUAAUGCACUAAACAACAGACCUAACCACCCUCCGAGUGUCUUUAAACGCAGUAUUUGACUUCCUCGUUGCACACAUUUCAGUUUCACGUGCCGUUUACGCGACUCCGACAGUCACUCUGUCGUUGUUAUUGUUUCGCCGCAAACCUGAGGACUGACCACAAAGCGUCCCGAUGGAGGAAAAUGACAACAUGGACUAUUUUUACCAGCAGGUUUUGCAGAAGGACGUGACCCGGCGGCUGCAGGUCGGCCCGGAUCUCAUAGACUACCUGAGCGACCCGCAGAGGUCCUGGGAUGUGGAGCAGGACAAAUCCCGCCUGGAUAAAACCAUGGAUGAGCUGACGGGAUGGGUCAACUCCAGCAAUUACAAGAUUGCAUUGCUGGGGAUCGAUAUCGUCAGCGCAUUUGUGGAUCGGAUGACUGAUCGCUUCAGAGGUUAUAUCGGCACAGUGGUGCCUGCAUUAGUUGACCGUUUGGGUGAUGCAAAGGAUCAGGUUCGAGAACAGGCACAAGCACUCAUUUUGAAGCUGAUGGAGCAGACGGCAACACCCAUGUAUGUUUGGGAGAGGCUGUGUCCUGGCUUCAAACACAAAAACUUCCGCAGUAGAGAGGGACUCUGCUUGUGCUUGGUUGCCACACUAAAUGCUUACGGCGCUCAGCCCUUGAGUUUGAGUAAAUUUGUUCCACAUCUCUGUUCGCUAACAGGAGACCAAAACCCCCAGAUUACUUUCCUGUUACAGACCAUUUUAAGCCGUUUUGAUGAAGUACUGAAUUCGGGGAACAUGGCUCUAAGCCUGAGUCAAGAUCGUAGUUUUGACGAUGAUGACUCUGUGGAUGGAAGCAGGCCGUCAUCGGCUCAGGCUGCGUUUAAAGUGCCCAAAGUACCCAAGAAACCUGGAGACUCUGCCAGCAGUUCCAGGCGACCCAGUGCCACUGGAGCUGCCAAGACAGGUGUCUCUAAGGAGGGUGCAGGAGCUAUUGAUGAGGAGGAUUUUAUCAAAGCAUUCACAGACGUCCCCACGGUUCAGAUCUACUCCACACGAGACCUGGAGGAUAAUCUGAACAAGAUUCGCGAAGUUCUGUCUGACGAUAAACAUGACUGGGACCAUAGAACAAACGCGCUAAAGAAAUUCCGAUCUCUGCUGGUUGCCGGGGCAGCAGACUAUGAUUGUUUCUACCAGCACCUGCGUCUGUUGGAUGGCGCUUUUAAGCUGUCGGCAAAAGACCUGCGUUCUCAGGUGGUGCGGGAGGCUUGCAUCACGGUGGCGCAUCUUUCCACACUAUUAGGGAAUAAGUUUGAUCAUGGAGCAGAGGCCAUUGUUCCAGUGCUCUUCAAUCUUAUCCCUAACUGUGCCAAAGUGAUGGCCACAUCUGGCACAGCAGCCAUACGCAUCAUCAUACGGCACACUCAUGUCCCACGUCUAAUUCCUCUCAUCACUAGUAACUGCACGUCAAAGUCUGUGUCCGUCCGGAGGCGCUGUUAUGAUUUCUUGGAUCUUCUGCUGCAGGAAUGGCAGACUCACUCUCUGGAGAGGCAUGUGGCUGUGUUGGUGGACAGUAUUAAGAAGGGAAUCAAAGAUGCAGACUCAGAGGCUCGAGUGGAGGCCAGGAAGACAUACUGGGGGUUGCGGGCUCAUUUCCCCGGGGAGGCAGAUUCUCUCUAUAACUCAUUAGAAUCGUCCUAUCAGAAGACACUUCAGUCGUGUCUACAGAGCUCGGGCAGCGUGGCGUCCCUGCCACAGUCGGAUCGCUCGUCCUCCAGUUCGCAAGAAAGCCUUAAUCGGCCGCUGUCAAAGUGGUCAGCUGCUCCAGGCAGAGUGCCUGCUUGUUCAAAAUCAUCAGGAUCUCCAGGCUCUUUGCAGCGUUCCCGCAGUGAUGUGGAUGUCAACGCAGCCGCCGGUGCUAAAGCCAGACACAGCGGACAGGUUGGAGGGGCGGGCCGAGUCACGACAGGCCUGGCCCCUGGAUCAUACACAUCUCUCGAUGAUGCCUCUGAUAAGGAUGGGCGACUACGGACUAAGCAGACUUUAUCAACGGCAUCUAGCAUGGGCAGCAGUCAGGUGGACUCAAGAGGCCGGACCAGAUCAAAGAUGGCGUCUCAGUCACAACGUUCCGACGAUUCUGAUUGCACGCCAGGAUCACAGUCUGCUACCCCUGUUGGUGCGGGUUCUCGCUCGGGUUCCCCAGGCCGGGUUUUGACCAGCACAGCUCUGAGCACACUCAGUACAGGAGCUCAGCGUGUGAGUGCAGCUCCGGGGUCCCACCGUCGCAGCCGGAUCCCACGCAGUCAAGGCUGCAGUCGAGACUCCAGCCCCACGCGCCUCUCUGUUGCUCCUUCAAACAUCAGUCACAUCUACAAUGGAUCAAAAGGAGCGAGGGGUAGUCGUAUACCACGGCCUAGUGUGAGUCAGGGCUGCAGUCGUGAGGCCAGCCGAGAGAGCAGCAGAGACACCAGCCCUGUGCGCUCCUUCACGCCGCUCGCAUCCCGGCAUUAUUCUCGCUCAACUGGUGCUCUUCAUGCCCCAGAUGCCUUCGGUGCAGCAGGUUCUGGGUUGGGUAUGUCUCAGUCCAGUCAUCUCUCAUCCUCAGUUAGUGCCAUGAGAGUGCUGAACACAGGAUCGGACGUGGAGGAAGCCCUGGCUGAUGCUCUGCUAUUAGGAGACAUGCGGGGCAAGCAGAAGAAACCAGCUCGGCGGCGGUAUGACACCUAUGGGAUGUACUCGGAUGAUGAUGCAAAUAGCGACGCCUCCAGCGCGUGUUCAGAGCGUUCGUACAGCUCUCGGAAUGGCAGCAUUCCAACUUAUAUGCGGCAGACUGAGGACGUGGCCGAAGUGCUCAAUCGCUGUGCCUCUGCCAAUUGGUCAGAGAGAAAAGAGGGGCUGAUGGGAUUGCAAGCACUGUUAAAAAACCAACGUACUCUCAGCCGUGUUGAGCUGAAGAGGUUGUGCGAAAUUUUCACGAGGAUGUUUGCAGACCCACACAGCAAGCGUGAUCCCAGAGGCUUCGUCACGGCAGAAUCCGGUAUCAGUUCUGCCUCUUUUAAGAGAGUGUUCAGCAUGUUUUUGGAAACACUGGUGGACUUCAUUGCAGUUCAUAAGGAGGAUCUACAGGACUGGCUCUUUGUACUGCUCACACAACUGCUGAAGAAAAUGGGAGCGGAUCUGCUCGGCUCAGUACAAGCCAAAGUACAGAAAGCCCUAGACGUCACAAGAGAAUCUUUCCCGAAUGAUCUACAGUUCACUAUCCUAAUGAGAUUCACAGUUGACCAAACACAGACACCCAACUUAAAGGUGAAGGUGGCCAUUUUGAAGUACAUAGAAACACUCACACUACAAAUGGAGCUGUUUAAGUAUUUGAGAGAGCCAUGUAAUAAGGCUAUAACACGGAUGUGUUAUGAAUGUGUCUCUGUGCAGGGUGGUGAUCAACCCACAGCAUCUGGUCGGACGGCGCUGGAUAACAAGACCUCUCUGCUAAAUACUAUGCCACUCCUCUCCUCAAGUCCCCGCCCAACAAAGGAAUACCAGUCAGUCAGCUACUCUGACUCCUCCUUCACCUCCUCCCCUUUCAAUAAAAGCCUGAAAGAUGCAGACCAAGAUGCCGAGUCCCUCACUGAUGACAGUGGCGUGGACCAGUCUGAGGUGGUUGCUGAGCUCCUAAAGGAGCUCUCGAAUCACAGCGAGCGGGUGGAAGAGAGGAAAGCCGCGCUGUGUGAGCUAAUGCGGCUGAUCAGAGAAACACAACUGCAUGUUUGGGACGAGCACUUCAAAACCAUCCUCCUGCUGCUCCUAGAAACACUCGGGGAUGGAGAGCAUGUCAUUCGGGCAUUAGCACUGCGAGUGUUGAAGGAGAUCUUAAACCGGCAACCGUGGCGCUUUAAAAACUAUGCAGAACUCACCAUUAUGAAGACCCUGGAAGCACAUAAAGACCCACACAAAGAGGUGGUACGGGCUGCAGAAGAGGCAGCGUCUAUGUUGGCGACCUCAAUAAGUCCUGAUCAGUGUAUUAAGGUGUUGUGCCCCAUCAUCCAGUCGGCUGAUUACCCCAUUAACCUAGCUGCCAUCAAGAUGCUCACCAGAGUCAUUGACCGGCUGCCCAAAGAGGGUCUCCUUCAAAUGCUCCCUGAGAUCGUCCCUGGGCUCAUUCAGGGUUAUGAUAACUCUGAGAGCAGUGUACGAAAGGCGUGUGUAUUUUGCCUUGUGGCCAUCUAUGCUGUCAUUGGAGAGGAUUUGAAACCUCACCUCAGCCAGCUGUCGGGUAGCAAGCUGAAACUGUUGAAUUUGUACAUAAAGCGAGCUCAGAGCGGCUCCAGUGGAAGUGACCAGUCUUCAGAUCUAGGAGGGCAGGGACUGUAGCUGUGCCGCCACCAUUCAGAACUACAGCACUCUCUUAGUGCAGGGGGACCCUAGCUGGCUUUUUAACUCACAUUCAUACACAAACACCUACACACGCUUACCUACAGAUACACAAAGCCGCAUGCACCUACACUGCUGGACACCCUCCUCCGGCCCCACAAAACCUUCCAGUGGGAUAUGCGUCGAGGAGCGGCGUCGGACUGAAACUCUUCCUCCAAACUAGGAUCACCGUCACUCUGUGUGCAUGUCUGAGAAACCGCUAUCUGUGGCACAGUUGGUGGACUGCUGAUGUAGUUUUGUUGCCUUGUUAAUGAGAAGAUCAUGUGUACGAGUGUGUGUGUGUGUGUGUGUGUGUGUGUCAGACGGGGAAGGUGGAAACCCAGCAGAAAGAGGGGGGUGUCAUUUUGUGCAACAUGGAAAUUGUUUCUUUUUAUCAAAGAGCUUUUGAAAAACUCAGAUUUUUAAGAUGAAGUUCAAAACUUCUUGGUCUGAGCGACGUGUCAUUAACGUUCCUAAUUGCUCACUAUCGAUUAUUAUUAAUGGUCAUAUCAGUUCAUAACAGUGAGCGGUUGGUCCAGCUUGCUCUAUUAUAAGACAUACUUUGCUUGCUCGAUGCAUGUCAUGAAUAAAUCUGAACCUUUUUAUCUGGUUGCGUAUAUGGCUUAACGCACACCCGAGAUUCUCAUCACAGCGAGGCCACAUGUGAUACCACACCACAUAGGUAAUAUGUAUCUAUAAAUACCAUAACAAAGGAAUAUUCAAGAAGAUCUUGUGAUGUCCUGAGGGUGUGUGGAUUCUUUUAAGUAGCAUAGUGUCAUUCUUCUCUGAUGGUAAAUUUGUAGAAAUGUAUUUACACUUCUAAAUGCCGCAACUGUCUUGUCACUUGUUUCCUGUAGUGUCGGUCUUUCUCCCCCGUGAGGAAGUUCUCUUUCUUCCCGCUGCAUUUCUAGAACUGUGCUAACAAUGAAAUUAAAAUAAAGAAAAUGUACAGUAAUGAA